CGCUUACAACAAUGUACAUGUGUCGUGUGGCAGAUUGUUGAUAAAUGACAGGAUGCAUCUAAGUUGCAUUUCCAUGAACAUAACGAAGUGAUGUCCAGGUCGGUGUUGACGUGAACUACAACAUGUUAUUCACGUAAAGGUUCAGUCCACCUGUCACAUAUAGUAGGAGAAGGUUUAUGACAACUGCUCGUCAUAUUGUUUACGUGUAAACUUAACCGGACUUGUGUGCAAUGGGGAAGAAGAAAAAGCAUGCUGACUUGGAAAGGCUCAGAGGAAUGGUCACUCCUACAGCCUCAGCAGUCAAAAAGUCUGUAUGUUCUGUAGGAUUUAUAGCAGCAGCCAUCAAGAUCCUUGCUCUGGUCGUGUUUUAUUACAUAUUUUCCAUCGGCCUCACAUUCUACAAUAAAGCCUUCAUUCAUCAUUUCCAGAUUCCUCUGUCUUUCACCCUAUCUCAUCUCAUCAUUAAAUAUAUGUUGGCUGGACUAAUACGAUGUAUUGUGGAAUGUAGGACAAAGAAAGAGAGGAUAAAUCUGCCCUGGCGCCCUUUCUUACUCAAGUUAGCUCCAACAGGCAUUGCCAGCAGUAUAGACAUUGGGUUGUCCAAUUGGAGCUUUGAGUUCAUAACUGUAUCAUUGUAUACCAUGACUAAAUCAACAGCUGUGAUAUUCAUUCUGGGAUUUUCUAUUUUAUUUAGAAUAGAAAAAGCGAGAUGGUCGCUGUCCGUUGUUGUCCUGCUGGUGUCCACGGGGCUGUUUAUGUUUACCUACCACUCCACACAGUUCCACCUAGAGGGAUUUAUAAUGGUCCUGUCAGCAUCCGUACUGUCCGGCCUACGCUGGGGACUGGCUCAACUCAUUUUACAGAAGGAAGAAAUAGGUUUAUCCAAUCCCCUCGACAUGAUGUAUCAUAUACAGCCAUGGAUGAUCCUAGUACUCCUUCCACUCGCUGCCAUAUUUGAAGGCGUUCCUCUUGCUUCAACGUCAGACUUUUUCCGUUUCCAAGACUACACGUUAGUAUGUAGAAACCUAGCCAUGGUGUUUGGUGGAGCAUGUCUAGCUUUCAUGCUGGAGUUUUCUGAGUUUUUACUUGUAGGUCAAACCUCCUGUUUAACAUUCUCAAUCUCAGGCAUAUUCAAGGAGUUAUGCACGUUAUACCUGGCCACAAAGAUAAAUGGUGACGAGAUGAACCCCAUCAAUGUGAUUGGCUUACUUGUGUGUCUGUCUGGUAUCACACUUCACGUCCUUUUAAAGGCUUUACAUAAAGAUGAUGCUAAAAAGGCCUCUUUGAAUCGGGAGGAGAUGAUGGAAAUGAUCGGCAAUGAAGGACACGAUUCUGAUGAAGAGGAAGAAGUAUUUAAUGCUUCACGGGACAGGUAGCAGCGGGGAAUUAGAUAAUGUGUAUCUGAUACAGUUAUGUCUUCCUUUAUAACUCAGAUUUAAUUUAUAUUUCACUUCAUAAAGUCUGAAUGUCAAAACAUUUUACUUUGUGAUCAUGAUGUAUAGAAUCUACCAUGUGAUGAUUUGUAUGAAGAUAAGUAUUUUUACGAUGUUAAAAUGUUGUAUAAAGAUAAGGAUGAAUUAAGUUGACUUAUUUUCAUUAUUACAGAAUAUUUAUAAUUCUGGAGAACCUGCGUAAAUAAGCCACCAAAGACCAUAGAAUUUCACUCUUACAUAAGCUUCGACCACACUGUUGUUUUUAUUCUGAAGCAGUCUGAACAGAAGGCCAAAACAUGUAGACACAAGUUAACAUCGCCAAACCAUUCUUGUGGUGUUAGUAUCCUUAAUAUUCUUAUCAUGUGACCAAAUGUAUAAAGAUUAAUAUAUAUAUCAUGUGAUCAUGAGGUAUGGUAUAUAGAACAGCAUUUUACUGCGUGAUCAUAUUGUAUCAUUAGGUUUAUUAUCAUAUAAAAUUUGUCUGUGAUAUGUAGGGCUGCGAUGAUAUAUCAUAUUUUGAAUACUGUACAAUACACAAUAUUUUUGAGAGGUUAAGAUACACUUAAAAUAUUUUUAGGAUUUUCUCAUUUCUGAAUUUAGUCUACCCAUAUCGGUUCCAACCUGGCGAGUGACAGCUCCAGCUCGGCAUGCACGUCGAAAGACUUGAAUUGUAUGAAACUUUAAAGUCAUGCCCAUUUUGGACCAAGUUUUUUCAGUUAAAAUAUUGCCAUAAAAAAAAUGCAACAUAUCUUUUCUUUUUGCUUCUUCUGUUACUAUAUGUAUUGUUGCAGCCCUACAGUGAUACGGGUUGUCUUGCAUGAGACACAGCUAGCUGUACAGGGGUAUAUUCCAGACCAACCCAUAUAUCUGCCACACAUGCAGUAUCUGCUCGGCACGCACCAUAUCUUUUACUUUCAGUUCAACACAUUUCAGGAAAAAACACAUUAUGCACAUUGAGUUGGUGUCAUUGCUGGUAAUUUUAAUGUUGUACUGAAACAUUUACAGGAUGUAGUGCAUUGUAUAUGACAAAAAGGUUUUCAUACAAUUAUUUCCAUGUCCUAAGGCUACCCAGUAUCAACCCUCAACCCAUAUCAGCCUUCGAGCUUCUGAACCCUCAGGCUUGUAUGGAGGGGUAGAUAAGGGUAGGUUAUGGAAAUGGUUAUAUAACCUCUAAUUGUAUUCAUCAUAUGAUCAAAUGUAUAUUAAUUAUCAGUAUAUUGACCAUGUCAUCACUUUGUAGGAAUAUUUACGAUAUGCUCAUGUUGUAUAAAUCUGGUAUAUUUAGAAUAUGACUAUGUUGUGAAAAGACUGGCAUAUUUGUCAUAUGAUCGGCCCAUCCUAUGUAUAAAGAAAUUCUGGUAUGAUAUGUGCAUUACUGUUAAUAAGCAAUGUGAUCAUGAGGCUGGGUAUUUAAUGCCAAAAUCUUUGUUUGCUGUAUUUUAUGGAGAUUCUAAUAGAGUUAAUUACGUAUAUUUUAUGACUCAUUACAUCAUUUAAAGUACUUUUCUCUUUAAUUGGUGCUCUGUUAUUAAGUGUAAAUUAUUUUGAUUAACCUCUUGUUAUGAUGUUUUAAUAUUUCUACAGUUGUACAGCAUUAUAGUGAGUACAUGUACCAUGCUUGUCAGCUAGACCAUGGUAUCUCAAGGUUAUGGACGUAGUAUAGGUAUGUGGUACUGUAAUCAGCCAAAUUAGAGUAUAAUGUUAAAAUAUAUUUCACAAGAUCUUGAUCAUUAAAAAUAUAAAAAGCCUGUUCAUAUUUGCAGGUCACUAGUAAGUUUUCAUUAAUCUUGUGAUACUUGAAAUGGAGUAAAAUAUGGUUAUGAGUGUAUAACAGCAGUUAAUGCUAAUGUUUGUUCAGGAAUUUUAGAUGUGUGGUAUGCACUGGUCAUAUAUGUGGGUCAUCCUUGAAUUUCCUGGGUUAAUAGGGCUACGCUCACUUACGUUGUCUCCACCCUAUAAUGUCAUGAAAUUAUCUACUGUAUACCGGGAAAUUUUCGCCGCAAGUUAAAUUUCGCCAUUUUCACCCUCUGCAAUGAGGGCAUUAAUGUAUCAUUACUGCAAACAGUACUAAGCAAUGUUAUAAACAUAGUAAUCAAAUGUGAAGGCCAGGCAAAAUGUAUAUUGGGCGAAAUAGUAGUUCAUUGGUGUAGGGCGAAAAAUUGUCUGGGUGAAAGUUUUCUGGUAUACAGUAUUUAAAUGGUUUGAGGUAUAAGAAACUGACCAGUCACUAGGCUGAUACCUGUCCUUUAAAGAUAACAGAGGAGCAGCACCCGCCUUCAAAAUCGGUUAAUUUUACCAUGAUGCUCCCGUAUGAUUCUUUUGAUUUACAUCAAAUGAUCAAUUAUAAACUAAUUUAACUUGUGUCAUCCGCAAGGUGCCACAUAAAGAGCCUUCAAUUUUGUCACUACAUCUUCCAGGGUUGCAGAGGACAUAAUCGAGUGUAGCCCCAGGAAUUCGAGGAUGAGAUGUGGGCGUGUAACAGGUCUGCAGCAGUGCUGCUAUGUGGUUGUGAAACAGAGAUUUAAUGGCACAGUAUGGUCGUGAUUGUGGGUGUGUAACGUAGCCGAGAUUUAGUGGGGCUGUAUGAUUGUUAAGUUGUUGACAAUAUUUUACCACAAUAUCAGACACCAAAGACAAUGAAAUGCAUUGCAUAUUGAAUAUUUGUUGGCUGACCCUCGGGGCAGGGGAGUUGAAGCAGGACACUUUUAUUGCCACUAAAGGCCAGCACAUUAUCUUACGUGCCCCGACAGCACAGUGGGUAACAUAUCUAGUCACUUAACAAGUGUUUUUCUUUAAUUAAGUGUCUCUAAACUUUGAUAAUACCAGGUUAUGUGGGUUUAUUUUGUUUUUAUUUAAUGACCAUUUAUGUUUAAGUUAACAGUUACAAUGUAUAUAUGUAAACAUUGUGUUGUCUCCACCCUAAUAUAUCAUGACAAUAUUAAAGGCGUGAAAUGAUGAACUGUAUACAGAGAAAUUGAAGCGUCCAUGUAAACCAGUAUAUACCUUGUAUGUAGUGAAUAUGAUGGAUGUUGUUUGUCGAGUAAAAAGAUAUUCAGAGAAAUGGCAGGGACGUUAUUGUUAACUCACAGGCAGGUCUGAAAAGCUGGGCCUGUCACUAUAAUAUGUAUUCAUCAUUCUGCAGCAUGUUUGGUUACUUUUUUUCUCGAAUAACACAGGAUUGUGGUCUGGCUGGUGACCCUAAUUGCUAAACAGACAAAUGUUUCAGGGAAGAUGAUUUGAAUUUUAAAUAAGUAGUUUAACAAAUGUUGUUUCAGCAUUUGAACACAUCACCUCAAUGUUAUAUAGUACAUGUACCAACAUUUGAAACCAAUUUCAACCGUUGUGUAUUGUACCGACAUUGAAAACAGAUUUCACCCAUUGUUUUACCAAUCCUAGGUAAUGUUUACAUAUUUCAAAUGCUUUCUUUAAACUAUGCAUACAGUGUAUUCUAAACCCCCACCCAGACCACAACCCUUGUACGUGUGAUCUAGCCCCUAAUUUAUCAUAAAAUUCAUUUCAAACUCAAGUUUUCUGUGUACGCAUUGUUUAUUGUCUGUUGACAAUCAUUUGCUUCGUUACUUGACCUUUAUAAAUAUAGUAAAUAAAAUAUUUCUUAUCUGUUGAUGAUUAUGUUAUAUUAACUUGUGUAAUGAAUAUUUUUCAUUCAUGAGUUUACACUCAUGUAAAUUAUUUAAAUAUUUGUUUCUCACUUGGUGUAUUAUAUUGAUAUUCUUAAGAGAUAAUGAAUACAUUCCAUUUAUAUGGAACACUUUCAUAGAGCAUACUAACUUUGAAAUGAAAUUGAAGUUCUAGUUUUCUUUUAAAUUGACAGAAAACCAGGAUGACAUUUCCUUGUUUGAAGAAAUAUGAAAUGAUUUCAACUUGCAAAUCAUUUUGUAUACGGUAGUAAAAAUUGUUUUUCUGAAACCUUCAGUCUAAAAUGAUUUUGUUUUAAAUGCUUUGAAAAAUUGGGGCUGUUCGACUAUUAACGGGACCAAAGAGAUUGAUAUGCCUUUUGAAUUCAUGUUGAGUACACAUUGACCUUUAUAUAAUUUGGAGACAAUUUAUACAGAAUGAAGGGACAUUUGAAAACUGUUACCCUACCGAUUGAGAUUAUCUCUAUCACAAAGGGCAAGAAAAACUGUAUAAAGACUUCAGAUUGAACAUCAUUUACAUUGUUUACCCGGUAACUCAUUCGCCCCUGAAGACACAUUUAAACUCUUCCGAAUAAAAGGUUGGAAUAGUUCAUUAUGCAAUUUCAGGGGUGGAUGAGUUAACUAUGUUAAAAUUUAAUGUAUCUCUCCAACAAUCUGUCUGUAUAACAGGAAAAAAUCCAUAAAUUCUGUAGGAUCAGAAAAAAAUCCUUCUAUUAGGUUAUACAUGUAUUGUCAUGAUGGUUGUGGUUUGCUUAAUUCUAUUUUGAUGCCAGUUAAGUUGACUGCGGCUCUGGUUAGCUAAGAUUCAAAGCUUAAUUUAAUCAUCGAUACGUUUCUAUUACAGUUAUCACAUUCCCUCCAUCUCCAUAUAUUUUGAAUAUUUCUCAGUUUUCCAUUUGCGGGCGAUGUCCCGAGUCUGUAAUAAAUAUGCUGUAGUCAUUUCUAGUUACAGUGUAUAUUAAUUUCAUAACAUGAAGUAUAUAAGUUGCAGCCUUGCAUUAUAAUCAGCAUUAUGGGUACAGGGACCCUACAAGAAAUUUUCAAAAGAGAUGAAUUGUUUUUCAAUUUUUAAUAUUUUCUAAUGUG